GAUAUUUGAAUUUUGCCUACAACAUAUAUAUAUAGCAAGACAAAGAAGUAAUUGGCGGCCGCAAAAAUGAAUAAUUUUAUAUGAAUGAUCAUGUAACAAACAGACUAAAUUUUCUUAUCUCAGACAAAUGUUUCAAAAUGUCGCAACUCUCUUUUUAGACAAUAGGCUUAAUUGGCAUUAUGACUUUGCGAGAGAAAAAUCUGGAAAUUGAAAUGCUUGCAGAAUUAUUUUAAAUUCAAUUAAACAAUAGGGUACAAAAGCAGCUAUUUUAUAGCGAGAGAAACAUUGGAUAAAGUUCUUUCACCAUGUUUAAGUUAAAUUAGAAUUGUUUCACAUUGAUCAUGUUUUGUGAAGAAUAAAAAUAAGUAAAGGAUGUAGGGAUAUUGACACUUGAAUUUUCGGCACAUCAGUUGCAUUAGCUUUUCUUGUCGGUCUUUUUAAUAGUCUUCCGAGCUGACAUUUGUCUUUUUCGAAGCAUAACGAUAACAGAAGGUAUUGCAGAAGUUAAUACACUGAUUCAAAAACAUUUUCUUGUCUUUUUUUCUUAUUUAAAUUAAUAAUUUAGAUACAAAAGAAAUUGAUAGAAGAGUCGGCUAUUGAAUUAUGUAAGAAAAGAUUGUUUCAUAAUUUUCUUUUCAACAUGUACGAAACGGAUGAUGUUGAUUAUGAGUGCAUUUUUCAUGCGUAUGUCAAUUUAUUACGAGCCAUUUUACGGUUAGUUCCUCGGUCAACAUUUUUCGAUAUAUUCCAACCAGACGAUGGGUAUUUUUGGCGAGGCUAUGAAAAGUUGCGCUAACGUACGUUCAAGCAAUCAGCAAAUUAAUAUCAUUCGACAAACUUUUUGCUUUGAUGAAAACGAGUCCUAUGGUCGAAGCUCGUGUUGCUCUAGAAUCGCUCGACAAUAAGGGAGACGACUCCAACGAAUCAGAUCUAUUGUGUACAUUACUAUCAAAAUAUGGUACAUGAAAUCGUUUCUUUCUUACGUAUAAACAAAUUUCUUGUGUUAGUUUUUCAUAGUACUUGUGUUUUAUUGCUCUACAAUAGGUAACAACAAUGAUCGUUUAAUUAAUUAAAGAUCAAAUGAUAUUAUCGGAUAGUAUUUCACCAAGUUUUUCUAAAGAGAAACAUACACUGCGAAAUUUAUAUUAGAAUUCAAAUCGAUACUAAGAAUACUCCAGUCUUUUUCCCAGAGGUAUGGGAAUUUGAUGGUGUUCCGAAUUCUAGAUUCUUCUUUUCCACCAAACUCUCCAGAUAUAAAACGAUCAAAGAAUUUCUAAGUCUUGAGGGUGAAGGUGGGUGAGAAUGUGCCUAGUCUCCGACAUUGACAAAAUAAUAAAUCGUAUGUCUUAUAGAUUGUAAUAUUAAUCUGUGCAAGAGAUUAUCAAAGCAAUAUUUAUAUACUAUAAAAUAGGGUCACCUAAAAAAACCAUUUUCCUCGCUUUGUUCUGUAUUUUGACUCACAAAACAAUACACAACAAGUAGUGAGUAUUUAAACAAAGUUGCAGUAGCAAAACAAGCUUCAUUCAAUACAAUUCUUCGAAUAAAACAAGAUUUUUCGAAAUCAUGAAACAAAACCAAUCGAAACAUUUUAUUGUUUUCCAAGAGAAGAACAUGGAGCAUAUUUAUUUGAACAAGAUGAAAAAUCUCAAGAUAAUUUUAUUAUUAAUGUUGGUGCAUUACCUCCAGGUAAAGAAUGGCACAUUUCCAUUUCGUAUGUCUCUGAACUUGAUUUAAUUCAAAAUGAAAGUCGAAUUCGUUUUGUUGUUCCAACAACAAUUGUACCUCGAUAUAAUCCAGAUAAAGGUGGUUUUAGCUCACCAGCUGGUACUACAUCAAAAUAUGCUCAAACAGCUCUAUAUACAAUUGAAUUUAAAUGUCGAGUAGAGAAACAACAAUGUGUCUGGAAACAUACUCAAUUAGAUCGAGAUAUUCAAGCCGAUAUUGAAUUAAAUAAGAAUCAUUUAAACAUUAUUGUUGCAGUUGAACCAGGUGCUGUUAUAGCUUUAUUUACGCUAGAGUCCUGCAGUCUCACAUUCAUUCGAUCAUCAGUCAUGCCAUCGUGGUGUGCAUAUAACUCUUUAUUACAGUUUCUAAUCAUCUUCAUCCUUUAUUUUGUCGAAGUUUUAUCAAGAAAUGAUAAUCAUCAUCAAGUAUUAAAAGCUGAUGUUGGUCAAGAUAUUAUAAUGUCAUGUAUAUUUGAUGAAAAUAAAAUUGAACAGGUAUCGUUUAUGCGUCAAAUGACAGGUGAUAUCUUAUCACUUGGUUCAGAAUUAUUUGUUCAUCAAUCACAUAUUGAAUUAAAACGAUUUUCAUCAAAUCGUUUAGAUUUAAAAUUAAAAUCUGUGAGUCAAAAUGAUUCUGGUCUUUAUACAUGCAUGUUAAAUGAUGAAAAGUUAAUGUCAUUCUUAAUUGAAAUAUUUGUUCCACCCCGUUUUGUUUGGUACUUUCCAUUGGAAGGAAGUGUUUCAUAUCCUGAAAAUUCUUCAAUGAAUUUAUCUUGUCAUGUUUUUGCUAUUCCAUCUGUUAAUAUAACAUGGAUUCAUAAAAAUAAAAAUAAACAAUCAAAAAAUAUUCAUUAUGGAGAAGAUUUAUAUUUGUCAUCAAUUCAACCAUCAGAUAGUGGCUUAUAUGAAUGUAUAGCUUCUAAUAUGUAUCAUACAACAAUCAGUCGUGCUUUUUAUGUCACUGUUCAAUAUUCCCCUCGUGUAUUAAUACUGAAUGGAACAAUACGAAGUUUUCCUCAUGAAACAAUUUUAGUCAGAUGUGAAGUAUGCUCAAUGCCACAAGUUGAUCAUAUUUAUUGGUUAAGACAGGAUCAACAAAUAAAAGAUGUUAAUAUUUAUAUUAAAAAACAAAUUAUUAAUGAUCAAUGUUCAGAAUCGAUUAUGAAAAUAAUUACUAUAAAUGAAUAUCAAUUUAAUCAAUAUGAAUGUAAAGGCGAAAAUAUUUUAGGAUAUAAAUCAGAUUAUAUUAACCUUCAACAAAUUUCAAGAGUUCGCAAAGUAAAACCAAAGAUUUAUACAGAUGAAAUAAAUCGAAAUGGUCGUACUGCUCUAUUAUUGACUAAAUCUCACAAGAAAAAGAAGAAUUUAACGAUAACAGCAACAGAAUCGAAUAAAAUUUUUUUAUCAAAUUCAUUUGCAAAAAAAAUUGAAUGGUUUUGGUUAUUGAGUUUAUUUAUCAAUUGGAUUCGACCAGUGUGA